AUGGACAGCAACGAACCCUACAACGAAUGGUCAAAGCACAUCCACGCCGUCAUCACCUUCCUCAAACCCUUCUUCAACGACUGGCGCAGCUAUGUCUCCCUCAUAUCCAUGCUUCUCGGCAUCGGAGUCCUUGUUAUGGAGAACCAAGUCCUCCUUCGCAUGCGAAUGGGCCGCUGGGAGAUUGGUGGUUACAUCGUCUGGUGUCUUAUAUCUUCGGUACUGGGACCCGUCUUUGAUAUCAUUGUCAUGAUAGGCCUCUUUGUCUACUGCCGGCGCAAGAGUUCACGGAUGCAUAUCACAAACGAGUCGAUUGCCAAAGCCCUACUCCCAGCACCAGUGGCAAGGAACUAUCGAUUCAUGGGAGGCGUGUGCAUCGUGGCGACUCUUCUCACCCUCGUAUCCAACAUCUUGUACAUGCUCCGUGGCUGGAAGGGCGAAUCCUCACAGUCAUUCUCUUGGCUUUCGGAUGGCGUGCGCUGGAUGACCAGUCAGAUCUGGUACGCGAUCGGGAUGAUCUUUUUGUUCCAUGUUGUCACCCGCCCUGCUCAGAGCGGUGUUGUCAUCUUUGGAAAGUUCCCCCGAGACCUCUGGUCCUACAAGUGGUAUUUGUGCAUAUUGUACGUGCCUGUCCAUUACAUGCUGCUGGAACUCUGCAACGUGCACCGGGACACGAGACACAUUCUGAUUCCUCUGGAGAUUGUUGUCGACAUCACGCUGUACAAUGGCCCUUUCUUGGUUGUGCUGUUGAGAUUGUUGUACUUGGCGUGGAAGGUUGCCUAUGACGAGGCGGUGCUGACAGGCGCUAUCUUUGAAGACGAUUCGACACCUGGACCUAUGGAGGGUACCUUCUCGGGAGGAUCGUCACGUCGUGGCGGUCCCAGCAGUCGACCUGGUGCAGGAGGGUAUGUUGGUCUGGCGAUGGUUGAUAUGGACGAAGCAGAGCGCGGGCAUGGUCGAGGUUCUUCUGGAGAUGAUGAGGUUGGAUCUCAUGCCAAGUCGGGAGAUGCCACGGGAGAUGUUCGUGCACAAGGACAACAGGAUCGUGGUCAACAGCAACAGCAACAUCAGGAUGAUGAUGAGGACGUGUAUGUGCUGGAGGAUGACGAUGAUGAUGAGCUGCAGCCUGCAUUGUCUGCGUCAGCGCCUUCUUCGCCGGCACGGCGGAGUCCUGUGAGAAGCCCUGUCAAGGGUACCAAAAGUCCGUUGAAAAAGAAUGUAGUGUUUGAUUUGGACUCUUCGACUGAGGAUGACGGGCAUUCGUCAGGACAGCAGCAUGGAUCGUUUGUUUGA